GUUUAAUCAUCCCGGAAGAAGGAAGACGCGUCUCGUGCACCUGCUGCUGUUGGUAUAAACAUAUCCGGUAUCAUAUCGAUAUAACUUUCCCUGCCACUGUUCGAUCAUCAGGCUCUCCCUGGCUAAAUAAGCAGCACGAUGUCAGAAAGAGACGAGGAGUCGUUUAAAUCUGUGCAGCUUGAGCAGCAUGAAGCCGAUUCAUCCAGCGCACACCCCGAGGUCCUCCAGUCCAACCCCAGUGCCCCAUCCUCAACUGUUCCUCAGAGCACUGAGACUGAAAGGGAGACGUCACUACCAGCAUCCAGCACCACCACUACUACCACCACCACCAAUACCAAUGCAGAACAGGGACAGAAGUGGGCCACAGCCGUGAACCAGUUCAAGCUCAGGAGAUUCUUUGUCCUUCGGCCUGGGACUCUGGACAACGCAGUUGAGGACAUCAAAUCACUGAUAGACCAGAAGGUGGACGGUGCUUUCCAGAGUGUUUGGCUACUGGUUGAGAUCGAUCACUGGAACAAUGAAAAAGAGCGACUGGUGUUGAUCACAGAGAAGUCCCUCCUCAUCUGCAAGUACGAUUUCAUCAUGCUAAACUGCGAGCAGAUCCAGAAAAUUCCUCUUAAUCUUGUUGACCGGAUCACCCAUGGUGCCUUUACUUUCCCUCCUCGCUCCCUCCUCACGCGAGAGGGCGAGGGAUUGCGUGUGUUUUGGGACAAGCUUCGAGAGCCCUCAGUAGCAUCACGCUGGAACCCUUUUGCCACAGACUACCCCUACACUACGCUGACCUACCACCCAGUUCGAAAUGUUAAUGAGAAGCUGUCCAAAAUUUGUGAGCUUCACAGUUUUAAGGAGCAGUUGAUCGCUACAGCACAGAAAGCCCACAGUCUGAAUCCAGUCCCAGGGAAAGCCAACGGCGUUCUGUUUCUGAGCCAGCCCAUCCUCAUCGAGGCUUAUGUAGGCCUCAUGUCAACGCUUGGCAACCAGAACAAGCUGGGCUACUGCUUAGCAAGAGGCAACGUUGGUUUCUGAAUGGAAAUUCUGGUUUGAUCAGUUAACAGAUUUAUGGAAGUGAAAGAAUGGUUGUAUGUUCUAAAAAUAUAAUUCUGAAAUGUUUUUAAUAAUGUUGAUUUUUUUGUAUACAUAUUGGACAUACUGUUUCUUUUUCAAGUUAAGCAUCUCCAAAAAUGUUGACAAAUCAAAGCAAUGUGAUUACUGGUACCGUGAAACUGGUUAAAUGAUUUACUUUGCCGUCAACUAAAGUAGUGUAGCAUUCUAUGUUAAAAUAUUCAACAAUAUAUUUUGUCAGAAUGUACUUUUUAAUCAUGAAAUUUUACGCUUGAUGUUUAUAUGUUGUCCAUGAAAAUGAGUUAAGGGUAAAAAAAGAAUGUCAGCUUCACUCCUUCUUCUUUAAGAACUAGAGAUUUGCCACUAAUAAAUGAGACAAUAUCAUAUUCAAAGUGUACAAUAUUUUUCUUCUAGAUGCUUCAAAAGAUUGUCUCUACCCCAGUUUCUGUUUCAGAAGAGGCCGCUUUGGUAGUUGGCAUUUUAGGAGGCAGUUGUUGUUGUUGUUGUUGUACCACAGUUUAAGGAAGGUUUGAACCACAUAAUGGACAGAACUAAGGAAAAAAUGAAGAAUAAAUGUUGAGAUACAAAACAUAACACAGAGAAUGAGUGUUUUACCAUCCAUGGCAUAUAUCAUGUGAAUCCCUCAUGAUUUGUACAAUAAGGAGUGUCUCAUACAGCAGCUCAUUUACCAUCGUCCUUAGAGUCUCUUUCUCUUUUCAUUUACUCUGUAACAAUUCUGUCAUCAGUCCCACCAUUUGCUGCCCCUUCAAUAACGCAACGCUCCUUACAGGCUCCCUGAAGCAUGACGGUGUGUGUUAUAUUAGCAUGAUGGUAGGAAUCUUGUUUUGAACAGCCAAGCAAUGUGCUGGAAUUUUCCCAGUUAUAUAAUUGCAGUUCUGCUUGUUUAUUUCUUCAGCAAAGUGAACAGAUUAAACACAAAUCCCUGGGUACAGCUGAUGCAGAAACUGAUUUUACAUUCCAUUGCCUUUAGGGAGUCAGUCAGAAAUCCUCAAAUGCACCCAUGAUGCUAUCACUGCCUGUGUGCAGACGAUCCUUUUGUUCAAUCCAUUCAUUCCACAUUAUUAAAACAGUGAAAUAUA